AUGACGGCCUCUUUGAAAACGGAAUUCUUGGGUCAAAAGUAUGAAAACCCAUUUAUGAACGCUUCGGGCGUGCACUGCUUGACUGUAGACGAGCUGAAUGAACUGAAAAGCUCAAAGGCAGGCGCCUUUAUCACGAAAAGCGCAACUUCUCUGGAAAGAGCAGGUAAUCCAGAGCCCCGCUAUUACGCCACAUCCUUAGGAAGUAUCAACUCGAUGGGACUGCCGAAUAAAGGCUUUGACUAUUAUCUGGACUAUGUCGUGAAAUUUCAAAAAAAUGACCCAGAUGGAAAGUCACCAUUUUUCUCUGUUGCAGGCAUGAGCCCGGAAGAAAACCUUAAACUUCUAAAAGCUAUCCAAAGCAGCGGUUAUCAGGGCGUCACAGAACUCAACCUGUCAUGUCCUAAUGUUCCCGGUAAACCACAAGUUGGCUACGAUUUUCAAAUGACAGAGGACAUCUUGACACAGGUGUUCGAGUUCUUCAAGAAGCCUCUUGGAGUCAAGCUCCCACCUUACUUUGACUUUGCUCAUUUCGAUAUCAUGGCCAAAAUCCUGAACAAGUUUCCGCUGGCCUAUGUUAAUUGCGUGAAUAGCAUUGGCAACGGUCUUUACAUAAACGCGGACUCUGAGAGUGUGGUAAUCAAACCAAAAGACGGAUUUGGUGGUAUUGGUGGUGACUACAUAAAGCCUACUGCUUUGGCCAACGUACGCGCCUUCUACACACGUCUAAACCCUACCAUCAAGGUCAUAGGGACCGGUGGAAUCGCAACAGGUCAAGAUGCCUUCGAGCACCUGCUUUGCGGUGCUACGAUGCUGCAGGUCGGGACAGCACUGUAUGAAGAGGGCAUCUCGGUUUUUGAAAGAUUGGAGAAAGAGCUUAGAGAACUGAUGGCUCGCAAGGGCUACACAAGCAUUGAUGAGUUCCGUGGCAAACUUCGAACUCUGUAA